CUAAUUAUAUAAAUAGAUCCUCCUAUGCGUAAAUUCUCAUAACUUGUCCUCUGUUUCUCUCCUAAGAGCAAGAACCCUUUUUUUUUGAAACAGUAAACAAGAACGUUUAACAUUCUCAUCAAUGGCUACUGCUUCCUCAACCUCCGCUGCUCUCAGAACCAUCUCUUCCUCAUCAAAGCUACUACCAUACGCCACCAACACUUCAUCUUCACAAAAAUUCUUACCCUUCAAGUUCUCUAACCCCUUGAUCUCCCAGAACCUCAGGCUCACCACCACAACCGCCGCCGCCGCCAGAAGAUCAUUCACUUGCAAGAGCCAGAGCGGCCCAUCGGAUUCUAGACCCACUAAAGUUCAAGAACUUUUUGUGUAUGAGAUCAACGAGCGGGACCGUGGAAGCCCAGCUUACCUUCGAUUGAGCCAAAAAACUGUCAAUUCUCUCGGCGAUCUAGUUCCUUUCAGCAACAAACUCUACACCGGAGAUCUCCAGAAACGUAUCGGAAUAACUGCCGGACUAUGCGUACUGAUCCAAAACAAACCGGAGAAGAAGGGUGACCGGUACGAGGCGAUUUACAGCUUCUACUUCGGGGACUACGGCCACAUAGCGGUUCAGGGGCCGUAUUUGACCUACGAAGACUCGUACCUGGCCGUGACCGGUGGCUCCGGCAUUUUUGAGGGUGUGUACGGUCAGGUGAAGCUACAGCAGCUUGUGUUCCCUUUCAAGUUGUUCUACACUUUUUACCUGAAGGGUAUACCGGAUCUGCCGGUUGAGUUACUGGGUGCCCCAGUUACGCCGUCGCCCACGGUGGAACCCUCGGCGGCGGCUAAAGCCGGUGAACCUGGGGCUAUUAUGGCGAAUUUCACAGAUUAAGAUGGUACAAUGUAAUGGGCAACGUGGAGGGUGAUGAUUAUGUCUAGUGUUGUGUAGGACCCAGUCAAUGAAUAAAAAGACCUUUGGGUUGGAGAUUUUGUUCGAGUUGGGAAUUAGUUGUCUUGUUAAUUAAAAAAAAGAGUAAAAAAAAAAUGUAUUGCACUUGUUAAACCUAUGAAUCAAAAAAAUUUCUCCUUUUCAUAC